AUGCGGAUUGUUGAAGCAAUUUUACUUGUAUGGCAUAAAGAAUACAACUCAUCACCACCUUUUGCGAAAAAAAAUGAUAGUGAGGAAUGGGAAGUGAGCCGGUCGCGGGUUCAUCUGGGAGCUUUGAUCGGCAGCGGAGCCUUCGGUAGAGUACACGCUGCGUUAUUAGACAUGCCCGGAGGAGAGACAUUAACAGUAGCGGCUAAGAUGUUAUCUGAUAACGCGACAGAGGAAGAAAUGCAGGAUUUUCUUCGGGAGAUCGCUAUGCUAAUGCAUGUGGGGUAUCAUAAGCACGUUAUAAGGCUUAUAGCAUGUUGCACACGACAGACACCCCUCAUUGCCUUACUGGAACACGCCCCUAGAGGAGAUCUGUUGACUUUACUCCGAUCAGCAAGAAACAAGAGAUAUGAUACACGAAAAACAUACGAGUCAAACUCGGAGUCAGGAGUAAAUGGACGUCCAUCAGAAGCUGAUACUGAAUAUACAAAUAUUAGUGAUUCGGACCCGCCCAUACACUAUGAGAAUUCUGAUGGCAAGUUAUAUACCGAAACGGAUUUAGAAAAAACGAAAGAUCACUACGUAGCUGAACCAGCACUGCAUCUUGAUAGUUCUACAAUGAGAGACUAUGCUUUACAAGUAGCGUUGGGCAUGAGACAUCUUGAAGAAAGAGGGAUCAUUCAUAGGGACCUAGCGGCCCGUAACAUCUUGGUGGACGGGGCAGGUGUUCUUAAAGUGGCUGACUUCGGCCUCUCCAGAUCUGGCGUGUACGUCCACACACGCUUGAAACCUGUUCCAUUGAGAUGGCUGGCUCCAGAAGCGAUCUAUAGCUCGAAGUACUGCAGCGCCAGCGAUGUAUGGGCAUUCGCUGUACUUCUAUGGGAGAUAGCCACUUUGGGUGGUUUCCCUUAUGCUGAAUUAAGCAAUCACCAAGUUCCGCAAUUCUUGUCAAACGGAGGACGUCUUCCGAGGCCAGCCCGCGCCUCCCCACGUCUGUACCAGCUCAUGACCGAAUGCUGGUCGGACAAAUUAGAAGACCGGCCUACAUUUGCCCAAAUAGUUGACAAGCUGACCGUCCAACAACAACUCUACGUAGAUCUUGACUGUGUUUUUCCUCCUUUUGAAGACAAUUUUACAUCUCUUAAGGAUUAUACCUUCACCGACGAACCCGUCCGGUGA